UCGACUGGUCGUCUGCGAGCAAAGAUGGCGGUGCGGAAGAAAGACGGCGGCCCGAAUGUAAAAUAUUUCGAAGCGUCUGACACCGUCUCUCAGUUUGAUAAUGUCCGCGUCUGGCUGGGGAAGAAUUACAAAAAGUACAUCCAGGCCGAGCCCCCCACCAACAAGUCGCUGUCCAGCCUGGUGGUCCAGCUGCUCCAGUUCCAGGAGGAGGUGUUUGGGCGACAUGUCAGCAACCCUCCACUCACCAAACUGCCUAUGAAGUGUUUCCUGGACUUCAAGUCAGGGGGUGCUCUCUGCCACAUUCUGGCUGCUGCCUACAAGUUCAAGAGUGACCAAGGAUGGCGCAGGUUUGACUUCCAGAAUCCGUCAAGGAUGGACCGAAAUGUGGAGAUGUUCAUGACCAUUGAGAAGUCGUUGGUGCAGAACAACUGCCUGACUCGACCUGUCAUCUACCUGAGUGCGGACAUAGAACCAAAACUGCUCGGGAAACUGAAAGACAUCAUCAAAAGACAUCAGGGCUCGGUGACUGAGGACAAGGCCUCCAGCUCCCAUGUUGUUGUGCCUAUUCCUACCAGUCUGGAGGAAGAGGAGUGGGUGCGUCCCGUGAUGAAGAGAGAUAAACAAGUGCUGCUUCACUGGGGAUAUUUUCCUGACAGUUACGACACCUGGAUCCCAGCCAGUGAGGUCGAGGCUGCGUUGGAGGAUCCUCCGAGCCCAGAGAAACCCAGGAAGGUCCAUGCCAAGUGGAUUUUGGACCUGGACCAGUAUAACGAGUGGAUGACUGAAGAGGACUAUGAAGUGGGCGAGGGCUGCCCCAAGAGGAAGAGGAUCUCUGCCAAGACCCUGACGGAUGAGGUGACCACACCCGACGAGCGGCGGGACAAGAAGCCCAGCAGUGCCAAGAAGAGGAAGCGUUCGCCGUCGCCCUCCCCCACCCCUCCACCUCAGGAGAGCAAGAAGAAGAACACUAAGAAAGGACCAACAACCCCGUACACCAAGUCUAAACGUGGCCAGAGGGAGGAAGAACAGGAAGACUUGAGUAAGGACUUAGAUGAAGCAUCACCUGUUCCAGCAUCUGAAGAGGGAAACGCAGCUAAGACAAAUAACACUAAGAAAGAUUCUGAUUCAACUCCUGUCAAGGGAGGAACGGAUAUGGACGAGCAAGAGGAUGAGUCCAUGGAAACAACAGGGAAGGAAGAGGAGGAAGGCUCCCCGGGUGUCAAGGGAGAACCGGUAAAAGGCUCUGACCUUCAUGAGGACAACGUGACUGAGCAAACCCACCACAUCAUCAUCCCGAGCUACGCUGCCUGGUUUGAUUACAACAGUGUUCACGCCAUCGAGCGCAGAGCCCUGCCAGAGUUUUUCAAUGGAAAGAACAAAUCCAAAACCCCUGAGAUUUAUCUGGCGUACAGGAACUUCAUGAUCGACACCUAUCGACUGAAUCCUCAGGAGUACCUCACCUCCACCGCCUGCCGCAGGAACUUGGCAGGAGAUGUUUGUGCAAUCAUGAGAGUUCACGCCUUCCUGGAGCAAUGGGGUCUGAUCAACUACCAGGUGGACUCAGAGAGCCGGCCCACACCCAUGGGUCCUCCACCCACCUCUCACUUCCAUGUCCUGGCAGACACACCAUCCAGUCUGGUUCCCCUGCAGCCUAAGACCACACAGACUCCUGCUACCCAGCCAAUGAUGUCAUUCCCAGAUAAAGUGAAAGAAAAACCAGCAGAUCUGCAAAACUUUGGGCUACGGACUGACAUGUACAGCAAGAAGAGUGGCUCUGUAAAGAGCAAGAGUACAGCAAGCUCCAUGAGGGAGUGGACAGAGCAAGAAACACUACUACUACUUGAGGGUUUGGAAAUGUACAAGGACGACUGGAACAAAGUGUCAGAACACGUGGGCAGCCGUACACAGGAUGAGUGUAUCCUGCACUUUCUGCGGCUGCCAAUUGAAGACCCCUACUUGGAGGACAGCCCCUCGACUCUGGGACCACUCGCCUUUCAGCCGGUACCUUUCAGCCAGGCAGGAAACCCCGUCAUGAGCACAGUGGCCUUCCUCGCCUCUGUCGUUGACCCACGUGUGGCCUCGGCUGCAGCUAAAUCUGCUCUGGAGGAGUUCUCUCGUAUGAAAGAGGAAGUUCCUGCAGCUCUGGUCGAAGCUCACGUGCGACGAGUGGAGGAGGCAGCGAGAGUCAGUGGCCGCCAGGACCCCCUGUACGGCCUGGAAGGAAGUGGGAUUGCAGGAACUGGCCUGGAGGAGGGAGAAAGACCGGGUAUGAUGGACACAUACACACCCAUUCACACGUACAACAUAGAUACAACUUGUGACCCGACUUCUCUCUCGACCCCAGAUGAAAACACUGAUGAAAACAAGAACGACACCCAAUCAAGUGAAGAGAAGAGAGAGCCCAAGGACAGCAAAGAUGGUGCGAUUGAAGAAGAGGAAAAACAGGCAGAAAAUGGGAAGAAGGAAGAAGAGAGAGGAAGAGAACCUGAAGGAGAGAGGGAGGCCGACAAAACAGAAUCAGAUAUGGGUGACGGAGAGAAGGAGAAAGAGGGAAAAGAGGGAACAGAGGAAGGACAAAGAGAAGGAGAGAGUGAGAUAGAGAGGAAGGCCAAGGUAGAGCGUGAUGUUGGAGAGGGGAACCUGGCCACUGCUGCUGCAUCUGCUCUCGCUGCAGCUGCUGUCAAAGCCAAGCACCUGGCUGCAGUGGAAGAGAGGAAGAUCAAAUCUCUCGUGGCUUUGUUGGUGGAAACUCAGAUGAAGAAGCUGGAGAUAAAACUGAGACACUUUGAAGAACUGGAAACCAUCAUGGACAGAGAGAGGGAGGCUCUGGAGUACCAGCGGCAGCAGCUCCUCGCCGACCGUCAGUCUUUCCACAUGGAGCAGUUGAAAUACGCUGAGAUGAGAGCUCGCCAGCAGCACUUCCAGCAGAUUCAGCACCAGCAGCACAGCCAGGCCGGGGGCCCUCAUUCCACUCAGCCGGCCUCAGGCGUGCAGCCUCAGGCCGUGGCAGCAAGUCAGCAAGCUCCCAGCACACCAGCACCGCCGCCGGCCGCCAGCCCCGCACCUCCAACGUCUUCUGCCCCAGCUCCAGAGUCCCAACCGCCUCAGAGUGCUCACACCUCGCCCCCACGUCCCCCAAGCCAGGCCCCGGCUUCCCACUCCAGCUCCAGCACUACACCUGUACUUCAUGAGCCCACCACCCCCCUCUCCGGGGAAACACUCCACCCUGCAGCUCCAGUCCCUCCACCACAGUGAGAGAUCGACACAUUUCCUGAGAAUCCGAAUGACUCUGACCACUUUGAAUCCUGCCUGUAUCAUCCGAAAUGAAGAAGUCCUAAACCGAAGGAAGAGAUACAUUUUCCAGCCUUUGUUUCUUUGUUUGUUUUUCCAACAAGACAAUUGAAACCACCUCUACUAAAAAAGACCUUUUUAAAUUGAAUGGCCCAAUGAAGAGAAUCCGAUCAUCAUACAUGCAGAAGCUGUUCAUCGCGCGGUCGACAGGACAGCACCAUCUCACUUCAUCAUGUUUAUGUCCGACACCAGAGAUCCGGUGAGGGUCUCGCCAACAUGCUGGCACUCAAGGAGAAGAAGAGAAAAGACUCAUCUUGUGUUUUCAGUGUUUUGGAAGUUGUUGCAUUUAUUUUCCUGCAACGUUUUAUCACAGCUUAUGAAGUCUCACGCUUCAUAACGUCUCCAGAGCCCCUCUCCCUAUAUUCUAGGUACUAAUUCAAAUAUAUGUAAUAAGAAAAUGCACUUUUAAUAUGUUUCCCUAGGUCUCGCUGAAAGACUUGAAGCAUCCAUGAAAUUGAACUUUAGCACUUAUAACAACAUAAUCCUUCUGUUGUCUUAAAAUAGUUUUUCAUACCGAAGGAUUUGGAAACUUGAUUGGGAAUAUUACUUUUUCCUCUCUAUUUUCAAUUUGUAUUACAUGGACAACGGUCACUCUACAAGUUCUGGACUAAAGGUCACAUGUCUAAAAAAAUCGAAUAUGUAAUGAAUGGAAAAAGUUGAAGUCAGAAGCCAGUUUGAAAUUAUCUGUUUGGAUGCAGUUAGAAAAUAUGUACUGUAAACUGGAGUUUCUGUUACAAACACAUCUUUUGUUGCCCUGUAAUGAAAAAUGUGGGAACUAUUUUAACAGUAUUAGGUCUUUAAAAGACCUUAUUUUAGUAAAUAACGUCCCUUUUCCACAGCACUUAUUCAUGUGUCAGUUGAGGUGUUGCAAACCUAGAUGAACUUAAAGCAUCCAGGUUGUAGUUUUGUGAGGAAUGUAGGGAACAAAUGACUGAAGGGGACGGUCCGGGAAUAAUAAUGAUUCUGUCUGCGACCACAAAUAUGUUUAUGAAUAAUUUGACUUUGUCUUAAUUGCUAAACCAAAAUGUUUUUUAUAAUCAUGAGAUUUUAUUGUGGCUGCUCGGGAAUUGAAGUUAUUGCAGCUUAUGUUUUCGCUGGUGCAUCAUGGAAGAAAUGUCAAUGCUGUCAAAGAAAAAACAAGGGAGCUCGCACCUUAAACGGCUGACAAUGGAGAAUUGUGUCCUUAAUAUUUGCAACAAUAUCCUCACUUUUUAUCCUAUCGAUUUUUAUAUUUUUUACUGUCCAUUUUUCCAUCUUCUUUCUUUGAUACGUCAACAAUGUAACUGUGUAUUAUUACCUUUGUAUCCGAUAUUUACCCUCUCCGCUGUUGUGUAUGAUUCAGACAGGUCAGUCGGAUCCGUCUGAGAUGUGACUGUGAGCAUGUGUGUAUGUGAACGCAUGCCAUCGAGACCUGUAAACCAUGUUACCAUUCAGUUUUAUUUUUAGUGCCAUCCAUCAUGUGUGACCGGGGUUUGAAGAAUUUAAAAAAAGAAGAAAAGAAACAUGCUUCAUUCUAGACGUGGCACAUCACGUCAGCGCCAUGAGAUAUAAUUCAGUCAGGUGGUGAAACUUUACAGUUAACGUCCAUCCAGCCAGUAUUGCAGUCCUCACUACAGUCGUGAGCAGACAUGGACUUCUUUUAUCUGUGUUAUUACUACAUUGUGUGGAUUUUGUGAUAUGAAAUAUGUGUCUGUUCAGUUUCUGUAUGUUUUUCACUAUGCUGAAGGUAGCAGCAAUUGCAUUGAUUAUUAUAUAGUAGAAAUUGAUUUUUUUUUUUUCCUCAGUAAAUCAUUACAUUAGUGCUGACAGUUACUCUGACAGUUUGUAUGGGAAGAAGGAAAAAAAAAAAGACAGAACAAAAGCGGUUCAGGUUUUAAUUACAAAAUGUUGGGGGGAAAAAAUAAAGAUGUGAAGAGGA